CUCCUCUUCCCCCCCCCCCAUAGUUCUUGUCAGUAUCUGACUCUUUCUGAAUCAAUCUAUGACACUCGUUCAAUCCCACCACGUCAAUUGCAAGAAGUCCUGAGCAUCUCCGCCCGCAUGUCGUCAUACUCGCUGUCCUCGAGUACUUCCUCUUCCCCUCGACCUCUCGACCAGCCCCAAGAGCAACAACAGCAACAAACCCAGCAUCACCACCACUACCAGCAGCAGCAGCAACAGCGGUUCUCUUCCCUCCAUCAAUCCGCCGCCUCCUACUUCUCCUACCCGGUCACCCACGUCGUCUCAGGCCUCUACCGCCGCUUCACCGACCCGCAAUCCACCAAAAACAGCACCACCACCAACAACAACAACAACAAGAAGAAGAAGGACAGCACGAUGCGCCGCCCCUGGCACUCCAACACAACGCCCGCCGACGCAUCCACCGCAACGAACACGCUCUUCACGCCCAUCCGAACCGCCUCGCCCUUCCAACCACCGCCCCUCACCCCACUAACCCUCACCGACCCAGACAGUCACCAGCCCCCCAACAACGAAGACUACCUACUCACGCGCUCGCUGGCCGAAGAGAUCCGGCUGCUGGUGCCCGCCCGCCUCCAACUCUGCGACACCUGGCGACUGGCCUACAGCCUGGAACGCGACGGCGCCUCGCUGUCGACGCUGUACGAGAACUGCCGCGCCAUCUCCCAGCGUAGCCCGCGGGCGGGCUACGUCCUGAUCAUCCGCGACGCCUCGCCGUCCCCAUCCACCACCUCCUCAACACCCACAAACAACAACACCAGUCCCCACAGCAGCGGCGCCGUCUUCGGCGCCUACAUGACCGACCCCCCGCACCCGGACUCGCACUACUUCGGCACCGGCGAAUGUUUCCUCUGGCGCGCCUCGGUGCUGCAGCCGCCCUCGACCGCCCAACUCCUGCAGUCGAUGUCCACCAUCAACAACAAUCCCCAGAACAACGAUCCCACCCCCGAGGAUGCCGCGUGGGAGGCGCUCGAACGCGCCGGGCUCCCCUUACCGCCUAGCGCGGAUACUACGCACGCCGGCCGGUCGACCACCCUGCGGAGUCGGAGUCCCUUGCCCCGGCGCAACGAUAGUCUAUCGGUUCCGGGGGCGACGAGUAGCAGCCUCCAACAUCCCGGACAACAGAGUAGGAGUGGGACGGCCACGCCGGAGCAGAUCCGCUUCAAGGCGUUCCCCUACAGCGGGGUCAAUGAUUAUAUGAUGUUCUGUGAGACCGGGUUCUUGAGUCUCGGGGGCGGGGAUGGGCAUUACGGUCUCUGGGUGGACUCGAGCUUGGAGAAAGGUGUCAGUGCCGCGUCGCAGACCUUUGGCAAUGAGCCGCUCUCGGAUGAAGGCGUCAAGUUCGAUAUCCUUGGUGUAGAGGUUUGGUAUGUCGGUUCCUAGGGAAGGGUGCGCAAAUGAGCCCCCUGUCUUGGUAAUAGGUAUAUUUGUCUCUUGAGACAACUCGGCCAUUUGAAGAUUGCUUGCUGCUGGUUGAGAAAGGGGGGGAUCAUGAUCUGCGGGCAGAAUGGUCUCUAAUAAUCUGAACAUUGACCCGGCAAGGUGGUUGGAAUCAGCAAAGGGGUUUGGUGGGCGCGAGGCGGAUGGAAUACCCAUCCGGAAUUAGUAUAGGGCAGCGCCCACUACAGUACUGUGGCCAGUGUUCGGAUAAUCCAUCGUCAUCUCGUAAUUCGUGUA